AUGGCUUCUCACUUGAAUGAUAGAUUGCUGUGGAUAUGUCUUGGCGUUUCUCUAUUCUUCGCCGUCCGCGGCAUUGCGACGGAUCUCCGACAAGUACGCGAUUUGACGGAGAUUAAGCAUGUCGAUGAGAAGGAAGAUAAGAUGAUAAGUGAAGGCACAGAGGAUGCUUUGAAAUUAGAUACCCUACUGAAGCUCUCCGAGAGCACGAGCUAUGACCUCCGAGCAGCAUCUUUGCGUAUUAUUGCAGAACGAUCAACCAAAGGAGAGACCCGCGAUUUGCUCCUCGCAGACCUUGCGAGCAAGGAUGGCGAGCGGCGUAACAAAGCCCUCAGUGCCAUGUACUUCCUUGUCUCCAACCGAGCGCUCGCCCGGACAUCCGUAUGCACCCGAUUAAAAGACACCCCCGCCUAUACCGCUAUUGUCAACUGCCUCUGCUUCUUCCUCGAGGAGCAUGUCGAAGAGACCUCGACCACGGUGUCGCCCAUUCUUCCGAAAACGAGACCGCUUGGAGAAAAGAAAGCGCUGAGUGUGUUAAACAUCAUACUGCAAGAGAAUAUCCCCGCAGCCUUGGAGGCGGGUGUAAUUACUCGAUGGCUUGCGCACUACCCAUUUCCAUGCGCCCUUUCCGAGCCAUCUCGGCGACAGGAUGUUGUCAUCCUUAUGAGGACGUGGUGGUCCGACGACGCAGUCAUGAGCGCUAUCUUCAACACGCUCUCGACCCACCCCGACGGCGCCAAACAGCUCCGCAAAUACGGUCUCAUGGGCAGCAUGAUGGAGGAGAAUGACCAGGACGAAACGGAUAGUGACGUAUGGAUGGUCGAUGGAGAAGAUACCGCUGGCUCGAGACACAUUUCAGCUCGAAGACCUCGGGAUCGUACGGCUGAGGAACAGGUCGUGCGGAGACGAAGGAGAGAAGCCAUGGUCUUGAGUGAUGGCGGACGCCCACUGGGUAAUGACGACAUUAUCCAAUUACCUAUCUCGGAAUGA